AUGCAUCUCGUCUCAGCGUUAUCAGCCAAUGUUUUGGCUCUAUCCCUGGCGGUUCUAUCGGCCACUACGGCCGCUGCCCCCAAUCGAGUUGAAGAAUUCUGUGACUGGCAACCCGGCCAAGAGCUCAACACGGUACAGGAUACCGUCCGUCGGGCUGACACCACCUCCCAGGAGACUAUAUUGGAGUUUGAUCCCAAAAUAGAAAAGCUUAUACAACAACUAUGGCCUCCGGAACCCGUUGACGACGGACGAGUUAUCAACGUCGGCGUGCAUAUGCAUGUUGUGGGAAAACCACAAAAUAAUGAAAGUGAAUUCCUCAUCGAUCGUACUGCUCUGGAUAAGCAAUUAGAUUUCCUCAACGAGAGUUUCAAGCCGGCAAAUAUCUCGUUUACGCUUUCAAGUGCAGACUGGACCAAAGGAGGCAUGCUGGCAAGGGAUAUUUUCUUGCGACGCCCACUAGCAAAGAGCCUCCACCGAGGUAAUUUCUCGGAGCUUAACAUCUUCUUCUGCGAUGACGAUGAGACAAUUGGUGGGAGUACAGUGACCCUCCGGGGCUAUGAUCUUGACGACGACGAUGAUAAAUCAGAUGGCUGCGUCGUAAAUGCUAAUACCGUUCCUGGAGGGCCCCAUCCUGUGUGGAAUCUGGGCGUGACAGUUGUUCACGAGGUUGGCCACUGGUUCGGGCUUUGGCAUACCGACCUUACCGAUCCAGGAGACUGUGAACCAAAUUGGCGAAACGCGACUGGUUUGAGCAAUGAGCCGUGCGGCGCUCGAUGUGACUCAAACUAUAUGAGCUAUGGUGCCGACGCAUGCUUGACAGAAUUCACGUCCGAGCAGAUUGCAGAAAUGAGAAAAUUUGCGCGGAAGGAGCGCGGACUUUAA